AUGGGGCGGCAUUGGACCGGGCCGGUCCCCUGCGUCGUGCUCCUCGCCCUGCACUGCGGGGUGGCGGUGCUGCUUCCUCUGUGCUCGGCGGCUCCUCCUUCCGUCGGCGGCGACGUGUUGGCGCUGCUCGCCUUCAAGCGCGCGGUCAUCGACGACCCGCACUCGGCGCUGGCCGACUGGACCGACGCCGACGCCGACGGGAGCGCCUGCGACUGGCGCGGCGUCAUCUGCUCCUCGCCGCAGGGCCCCGUCGUCUCCCUGAGACUGUCGAACGCGUCGCUCAAGGGAUUCAUCGCGCCCGAGCUCGGACUGCUGAGCUUCCUGCAAGAACUGUAUCUGGAUCAUAACCUGCUUUUUGGCACAAUCCCGAAGCAACUAGGCUCGCUGAGGAACCUCCGGGUGUUGGAUUUGGGCGCGAAUCGGCUCGCUGGCCCUAUACCUCCUGAGCUGAGUGGAUUGAGCAGCGUGAGCGUAAUAAACUUGCAUUCCAAUGGGCUAACCGGGAACAUACCACCAGAGCUGGGCAAGCUGCAAAAUCUAGUUGAGCUUAGGUUGGACAGGAACAGAUUGAAAGGAACGAUUCCAGGUAGCAAUGCUACUGGGUUUUCACCUAUGGCAGAUACUGGAUCCACAGCUCACGCUGGGUUAUGCCCGUCUCCUCGAUUAAAUGUUGGAGAUUUCUCAUACAACUUCCUUGCUGGAAAAAUCCCACCUUGUUUGAAGUAUCUUCCAAGGUCAAGUUUUCAGGGGAACUGCUUCCAGGAUGAGUACUCUAUCCUACAACGAGCUCAUCAAAUUUGUACAAGUGCUUCUGCAGCUGGUCAUUUAAAGGGAUUCAAACGUGCCCCUUCUGACCAUAAGCAUGAUGGAGUGCAGCAACCAACUUGGCUUCUUGUUUUGGAAAUCGCAACUGGUGUUCUGCUGCUUGUUUUUGUGAUCACUGGUGCAAUCACUGCUUCCAGAAGCUGCAAGCUAAAGCCUUCUAUAAGAAUAUCCUCAUGGAAUAGAUCAAAAAGUUGGAGCGACGAGAUAACAGUAUUGAUUGAUUCUGAUAUGCUGAAAAGUUUGCCAAAGUUAAGUCGCCAGGAACUAGAAGUAGCCUGUGAGGAUUUUAGCAACAUUAUUGGCUCAACUCCAGAGACUGUAGUUUACAAAGGAACCAUGAAGGAUGGACCUGAGGUUUCUGUUAUAUCAUUAUGCGCCUUUGAGGGUCAUUGGACUAGCCAGCAUGAACUCUUUUACCAGAACAAGGUUAUUGAUCUGGCAAGGUUGAAUCAUGAGAACACAGCAAAGUUUUUGGGCUAUUGCAGAGAAAGCGAUCCAUUUUCCAGAAUGCUAGUCUUUGAAUACGCAUCAAAUGGGACCCUAUACGAGCACCUACACUAUGGGGAAGCAGCCCAAUUCUCUUGGUUCAGGCGAAUGAAGAUAGCUAUCGGUAUCGCCCAAGGUUUAAGGUAUUUGCACACCGAGUUGCAGCCUCCGUUUGCAAUAUCAGAGCUGAACUCCAACUCAGUUUACGUCACAGAAGAUUUUACCCCCAAGCUGGUCGACUUUGAGUGCUGGAAAAUGCUCUUCUCGAGACACGAGAAGUCCCUGGGCCACUUCAAUAACAAGGCCUCUUUCCAUGGCCGCGACUCCUCGGAGGACAAACAGGCAGAUGUUCAAGGCAACACGUUUGCGUUUGGGGUGAUUCUGCUGGAGAUCAUUAGUGGACGGCUUCCUUAUUGCAAGGACAAAGGCUACUUGGUCGACUGGGCUAUCAAGUACCUCCAGCAGCCUGAGGAGAUCGGGAAGCUUGUCGACCCAGAGCUGAGCAACGUGAGAACGGAGGACCUGGCGGUGAUCUGCAGCGUGGUGAGCCGCUGCAUCGACCCCGACCCGUCGAAGCGGCCGUCGAUGCAGAUCAUCGCGGGGGCGCUGGAGACGGGCAUCGACCUCUCAGCAGCCGGGAUCCUCAAGGAGUCCUCCCUGGCAUGGGCCGAGCUUGCCCUCUCGUUGUAGCGACACGCCUCGUCCCCUGCGCCCCACUGUACAUUUUUCUGAUGCUAACAGUAACACCGAGAUGAUAUCUUGUAACGACAACAAUGUCUGGUUCAGUUAGACUAGAUUUGAGUGUGGGCUAUGCACAUGCUGCUCAGCUAAAUCUGAUAUACUAGAUAUUGUUGUGCUUUCCUUGUUGAUUGUGCGAGUUAUGAUAGAGGGCAAUGACCCCCAAAUCUGUAACUGUA